AGAGAGUGCAGCCAGGGGGUGAAUGGGGGGGAGAGGAAAUAGGCAGAAGUUGACACCAAAGUGAUCUCUGGAAGAAGUAAAGGAGCAAAGCACAACUUAGCCAAGAGGAGAAGAGACAGCCUGCCAGCAGUGAGAGUGUUCAGAGAAGGGAGGGCAGAGAGAGACAUGCCCAGAAAGUGCUGCUGAUCCCUGUCUCAGCCCAUACACAGCAGCAAUCACCCACAAAUGUCUGGCGGAGGCUCUUCAACAACAAGAUCUAAGGGCAGAAAUGCAAAUGGACGGGGAAAUGGGCGAGCAGCCCAUUAUGAUGAGGUACCUAUAGACCCACAUCUCCCACGGGAGAAUCUUCAGGGCUUACAGGAGUGUGAGUUGGCUCUCAGCUCAGAUCCAUUACCUCCACCUCCUCUUCCUCUUGCUCCCCCCUUUGGCCCUGAGUUUUAUCCAAGUGAUAGUGAAGAUCCAGUGACUGCUCUUGAAUUUAGACCUGUAAGAAGAUUUAUUCCAAGUUCCUGGAAAAACUUUUUUAAAGGGAAAAAAGAAGAUCAUCAAUGGGCAGAACCUGCAUCAGAACUUAACUACAUUUCAGGUGGAGCAGAAUGUUCACCACCACGAUCUCCAUCUCUGCCUGCCUCACAAACAUACGGCAGAGGCUCAGCAGCAGAUUCGAAAGCUGCAGGUAGUUCCUACAAAGACCCUUACGGAGGUUCAGGUGGCGGAAGCUACAACUCAAAGCGAGAAGGUGAAGCCAUACUUCCUCAUGACCCAUAUGAUUCUCUGGAGCGCCAGACCCACCAUACCGUGAAGACCUACAGUGAAAAAGUGGAAGAGUAUAACUUGAGAUAUUCCUACAUGAAAUCCUGGCCCGGCUUGCUUAGGAUCCUGGGCGUAGUGGAACUUUUGCUUGGAGCUGGUGUUUUUGCAUGUGUUACCGCAUAUAUCCACAAAGACAAUGAAUGGUAUAAUAUGUUUGGCUACUCUCAGCCGUAUGGCUACACUGCAAGUAUGCAAGGAGGAUACUAUUACAGUGGGCCAAAGACUCCUUUUAUUUUAGUGGUGGCUGGUGUGGCCUGGGUAGUGACAAUUAUUGUUCUUGUACUCGGGAUGUCCAUGUAUUACCGGACUAUCCUCCUGGAUUCCGGUUGGUGGCCUCUAACAGAGUUUGGAAUAAACAUUUGUCUUUUUAUUCUUUACAUGGCUGCAGCUGUUGUCUAUGUUAAUGACACUAACCGCGGGGGACUAUGCUAUUACCAGUUAUUCAAUACCCCUAUGAAUGCAUCAUUCUGCCGCGUGGAAGGAGGGCAGACUGCAGCGAUCAUAUUUCUGUUUGUCAUCAUGCUUGUUUAUCUCAUUGGUGGAGUAAUUUCUUUGAAGCUCUGGAGGCAUGAAGAGGCCAGAAAGAGACGAGAGUUCAUAGGGCAUGAGAUGAAUUCUUCUCCGAAUAAUCCUCAGAGCUACCCACCAAAAGUCACGCGCGAUGUUGCCUUAGGUUAUGACCAUCCACAGGAUGUUCCUGACCAACAAAGAAAAUUAAAAGUGCUUGAGGUGAAACCAGAACUUCUUAAUGGAUACAUACCUGCUGGUCAUAUACCAAAGCCUAUUGUAAUGCCUGACUACGUGGCAAAAUACCAGGCAAUCCGAUCUGAUGACGAACGUGAUCGGUAUAAAGCUGUGUUCAAUGAUCAGUUCUCAGAAUACAAGGAGCUUUCUGCUGAGGUGCAAGCGGUCUUAAAAAAGUUCAGUGAUCUCGAUGCGGUGAUGAACAAACUUCCCAGAAAUCCAGAAAAUCAGCAUGAAUAUGAGAGAAUUUCAAAAGUUCUUCAGGAGUAUCAGAAGAAAAAGAAUGACCCUACAUUUUUGGAGAAGAAGGAGCGUUGUGAUUACCUGAAGAACAAACUUUCACAUAUUAAACAAAGGAUUCAGGAAUAUGACAAAGUCAUAAACUGGGACAAUGGAUAUAACUAGCUUCCUAUAAGAGACCGUAUAUGCCUUGGAUGUAAAUAAAAUGCUGACCUACAUAAUUUUACCAUAAUUUGGAUGCUUUACAGUAUUGAGAUUUUUGUUUUCCUCCUGAAUAAAUGUUUUUUUACAGCUCUCCUUCAUGUAUAAGAAUUGGAAUGUAUGACCUUAUUAGCUGAAAUGAGUAUACCGUAAUCCACUGUGUACAGUUGCCUGGACUUCUAUGAUGCUCAAUACCUGUAUUCUCACAACAAUCUCAUGGACAGAUACUAUUAUAUUUUCACUUUUUUUUUGGCUUAAAAGCUACCGAUGUUUAAAUAGGUGAAACCGUGACCGUUGAAUAUAUAAUGGCUUCUCUGUUUGCUCUCAUCAUCUACUGCUGUCUAGGAUUUGGGUGUGAUGGGAGUUUGUCCAUCAGCCUCUGAAGAACCACAGCUUGUUUCAUUCAUGGUCACCAGGAGUGUGAAAACCGUGUACUAUCUGUAAAUACCAUUUUAUAACAUAACUGUGUAAAACCUAGUGCAAUCUAUAAACGUGACACCAAGUAAAGUACACUAAUUCUUAAAAAUAAAAUUUCUUUUAAAGUGAA